CGACCACUUCGUUUUCGCGCGUCGCAGACACCAUGCCUCCCAAAUCGCCGAAUUCAACGCUGUUCAAGUGUGCGACAUGCGGCCGUGUUCCCAACGCCGGAGAAGAAGGUCUGAUGCUCUGCGGCCAAUGUAAGGGCCGCCGUUAUUGCGAUGAGACCUGCCGAUCUGCGGACUGGACGAACCACAAGUCUGACUGCAAUACUGUCGUCCUUCUCGCGAAGCCCAAGCCCACUUCUUACAUGGCAGACUUCGUGAAAGCCCGAGACCCGGAUUCGACGGCUCGAGCCAAAGACCCAGAUACGAUGUACCACCUCAAGAUGACAACGCCGUGGGCGCGAUCCAGGGCCAGAUACCUUGGCGCCUUCAUCAACCUUGAGGGCGUGCAAGCGAAGAUCCAGGAUACCGUUGAGGACUUGAACAGCGUCGUCCCUAGUCCCGCGUUCUUAAGCGGACUUCUGGAUUCUCCUCGCCACGGGCUCGGCGGCGUCCAAGAACUCCGCAUCCCGCUCGUCGGGCUUGACAAAUGCGUCAAGUUCCAGAUCAAGCUCGAGAACAACCCCUACAUCAAGUACUGCGUGCGAAGUGGCGCGUGGAGCGCGCAGAAAGCACUAUAUACCGUCGUAGUCGAGACCUUGGAGCUCCGGAAGAAUACAACAAACGGCGUGGAGGAGCGCUACAUCGCCGACAUCGAGGUUGAUGCCACGUUCGCAAGCGCAGUUGUUGCGAAUGAUCGUGUCAAGGCGGUGGCCAAGAAGUGGAAAGAUAAGCGUCCCGGACGCGUCGAGCUUCGGCAGAAGGGUCAGGAUCACACGACUGGAGUCGCAUACGACAAAGCGAUGGGAGGAGAGAAGGUUCGCUGUGUCAGCAUUGUUACCAAGCUGUUGAUGCAAGCCGGGGCUGUUGACGGAGCGGAGGCUCAGGGAGGAGACCGGCCUCCUAAGCGGAAGCUGGUGGCUCCAACACUGCCGUCAAAGCGGUUGCGCAUAGGGGAAGAUUGAAUGAUUGAUACGGGAUGCUAUCUCUUGGGAUUGAGCGUUCUACGAGUUUGGCAGAUGAAUCGGCAAGAGCAGGGCAUGCUUCGGUGGGUACAUAGUUUAGGGUACGCACCGACUUGAAUGGACCCGCACUGCCACUGUGGGAUGGAUGCCGCGGCGAGGCUGUGGUGAGGUG